AUGGAAGGCUCACAGCGAGUCUCUGGAUCAAAAGCAGAACGCGGUUCUCGAGGGAAAUCCGGAUCAAAAGCCGAAGAAUCCUUAGGUGUCUCUGGUGAGUCGAAACAAUCAGGUUCAGCUAAGAAAUCUGGUUCAAAACAGUCGGGUUCACUGAGAGCGUCAGGGUCCAAAGCAGGCGAAUCCUUACGAGCUUCCGGAUCCAAAGCAGAAGGUUCUUUGCGAGCCUCCGGCUCCAAAGGAGGAGGUUCAUUGCGGGCAUCAGGGUCUAAGGCAAGUGGCUCAAAAAGAGCCUCGGGAUCUAAGACUGGAGGCGCACUUUUGAAACCAUCUGAAGAAGGAAGCAGGAGAUCAGGCUCUAAAGGUUCCAGAAGCUCGGCCGGAUCAAUAUCAGCAUCCAAAGGUGGAAGCCCAAGUAAAACUUCAGGCUCAAGAGCCGGAUCACUUUCCAAAGGAGGUAGCCUCGCACUUUCGGGUUCUAAAAAGUCGGGGUCAAAACUCUCUCCAUCUAAAAGUGGAUCGAUAUCUGCAUCCAAAAAGUCUGGAAGUCUUUCAGCUGCUAAAAAAGGUUCAUCUGGCGGAUUGUCGCCAUCGAAAACAUCAGCGGGCGGGUUGGAUGAUCUGGAUAGUGGACUUUCGGCCAGUGCAACCAAAAAGGGUUCCGCGUCAACAACUGGAUUUUCUGGGUCAAAAACUUCUACUGGUAGCAUGUCUGCAUCAAAAAAGUCUGGUUCGAAAUCAGCAUCGAAGAAGUCCGGAUCUUUAUCACCAUCUAAGAGUGCUGGAGGAAACUUAUCGUCACCGUCAAAAGGUGGAUCCAAGGGAUCAAUAUCUGGAUUAUCCAAGUCAAAAGGAUCAAUUGGCGGGUUAUCUAGAUCCAAAAAGCCAGGCGCCACAACAGAUGGCGCGGAUGAUGGAAUCACCGGUGGAGGUCUUGUAUCUGGCCUCGAAUCAAAUGAUCCUAAGAGCGAUAGUCUUGCACCUAGUGGUGGCGGCAGUUUAACUGGAUCUAAGAGUUCAAAAAGUGGCGCUGGUUCGAUAACAAAGUCCAGCGCUAGUCUUGGUGCUUCUAAAUCUGGAAGCCAAACUCUUGGAACCGGAGGUCAAGGCUCAUCGACGACCACCAGCACUAGUACUUCAGAGGGGCUAACAAGUUCGGCAGGGGAGAGAAAAGUGACUGGCGUUCCAUCAAGUUCGGGAUCUCUGACUGGAUCAAAGAAAGCGUCUGGUUUCGACGGUUCUACGAAGAGCUCAGCAGCUUCUGAUGAUCUGUCAAGUUUGACCGCAAGUGCAAGCGAACUCACCUUGGCUCCCGAAGGCAUGUCAUCAGCCUCUAGUAAAAAGUCCAAAAAAUGA